AUGGUCACAAACUGGUAUCAAGCUGAUGGCUUCGACGUCAACGACAAGCCAUACAUCUACAAUGGCGAAUCCAAGGACAAAACUGAGCUUUUUUCAGCCAGCCUCCUAGCUAGUCAUCCAUUUGCUUUUGAAAGAUACGCAACACCCACUGAAAUUACUGUUCUCGAUGCUGUUUGCGCGGCUUUUCGUUUUACGGCCUACAUCGGUGACAACGGCCACCUUGUUACCAAGCCGUCUAGGCGAUUCAUCUAUUACAAUGCCAGAGCCUUGACAGCAAUGGACAAGGCGAAGGACCAUACUCAAUGGCCGCGCCGAGUCCUUCGCAGGCCCUUGGGGAUCCGCGAGGCCUUGAGAGCUGUCAAUGUCUACGGUGCCUCACUAGAAGAAAGAUCUUCAUGGCUGGUUGAGGAGGAGUUUGACUACAAAUAUGAAGUUGUCUGGGGGAUCAACGAACGGCCCACAGAUCUCGCCUACAAUGAAGCUUCAAAAGCACCUAUUCUUGAGCCAUAUCGCCUCGACCACUACCGAUCGGAAGAGGUAAAUAUGUUGGACGAUCAUGAGUCGGCAGUACUGGGAACUUUGACUUUAUCCAAGGUCAGAUUGUGUAUUGCGGAAGGAUAUCCAGUCAUCUUUGCCUUUCAUCUUUUCUGGGACACGUUCAGAUAUGUCAAGCCCGCACAGUCUGGUGAUCAGGGAUAUCCAACGAUAGCAAUGAUCCCAGAAGCGGGACGACUGGCUGGUCCGCCAGAAAAACACACGACACAGGCUGCACUGAUAGUUGCCUUUGAUCACAUCAAGAGACGCGUCCUAGUCCAAAGCAUGAUGGGGUCAGUUUCAUUCUUUUGGAUGUCAUAUGAAUGGAUUAUCAAUGCUCGGGCUACGGAAAGCUUUUGGAUGCUCAGGAACUCAGGAAAACGGGGCAGACAGGAGAUAGUGAACUCUUCCGACGGCACGUGGUAUAAUUGGAAGGACGUAGGGCCUUGGAACCUGGAGCGCAUUCCAGACUCCUGGGCUGUGAGCCAGCUUCCCAAUAGCUCUAUUGCCGUCAUAUCUCGGCAAAAGGGACAUCUAGAUAUCUUCUGGAUUUCGGAGCAUUGUACCGUCGAGCGGGCAUAUCGUGAGCCGCCGCAUCCAGAGUGGAAACGAGAAACAAUACCUCUAGACUUCCCCCCAGGAGACGAAAAGGACCAAGAAGCAAAAGUUCCAUUGCCGGGUGCUAUAGUGGCUGUAUCAGCACACACUGACAAGCUCGAUAUAUUUUGGAUGUCCAAGAAUGGAGCAAUAUGCAACGGCUCCUGGCGACAUGCUGAUCCAACAUGGUAUACAAGGCGUGUUCUUCAGGCGCCAGACGGUAUAGCUGAGCCCCGAGCUGGAUUAGACGCAACCAUUGGUCUAAGAGACACCCCCUCUAGUGAUAAGAUCAAUGUUUAUUGCGUUGGGCCUGAUGGCUCAAUUAAAAAUAUUGCUACGACGAGAAGCUGGACAGGUAUCGACACAGUCACAAUUGUUUCUGGGCCGGGAACCGCUUAUCAGUACGCCAGUCUGUCCGCAGUGGCUAUUGACGAUAUUUAUCAAGAUGAUAGGCCCCAUCGCUUGAUGGAGACAGUCGCUUGGAUAACCCCUGACCGAUCAAUAACUGGAAAGAAACUGGCAAAGGAUACUUCAUGGGUCGAAAUUUGGGAAGCAAAAGCACCAACAGAAACAGUUCGCGAGCAUUCACAUAUUUCAACUACCUAUGGAGUAUGGGACAAGGGGAUAUGGUUAUAUUUCCUCUAUGCCAAUCCCCAAGGGAAGUUGAACAGCGACACUGCCUAUUUUCGCUUUGGCGACGAUAGUCCAUACCCGCAUUAUGAAGAAGAUAUAGGCACUAUAGAAGAAGAAAUGGUUCAAGAAGAUUCCGAUAUUAAGGCUGUGUCGUGGAAACAGAAUGGAAAAUGGACUGAAUUAGCUCUGUGGCAGAACCAAGGGGGCAAUGUCUGGAUGAAUACAAUUCAAGCUGGAGCAAAACCUAUAACAUUAAAUAACAACCGUGUCGUCCGGAGGGGAAGCCCGUUUGGACUUGCUACAUAUGGAGGAAAGCCCAUCAUGGCUAUGAAACUUGAUGAUGGGUUUAUUGGAGUCGGUUAUUGGGGUGGCUUCAACUUUUGA